AUGUCUGAGACCAUGUCAUCUCAGAGGAAGUCUUCAGUUAACAAGAAUAUAAAGAAGCUGCGUACACUGAGUGUGGUGUGCAACCUGGCACGGAGCUGGCAACAGUGGAUAUGUGAGAAUGAAGAAAAGCAGGCUAAUGAACCCACAGGCUGGUCCCCAGACAGCUAUGACAAGCCCACAGCUGAAAAGAAAGAGCCAAAGAAGCUUGUAUCUACGAAGAAGAAGGUACAGGAAUCUCAGGACAAUGAGCAUGGACAAGAGGAUUCCCGCAUUAAGACCAAACAGGUGGUGAAAACAGUGACUCGAGAUGUCCAGGAGAAAAGCGCAGGCAUUGAGUUUCUGACCAGCCGCAUUUGUAAAGACCCAAAGACAGAGGAGCUGGACAGGAUGCUGACAAAUAAGAGUUCACCCACCAGGCGCAGGAAAUGCUCCAACAUGGUGUCAGAGCUGAAACAGAGCUGGAAGAUAGUAGAAAAUGAGUGCAAGAGGGCAGGGGAAUCCAGCGAGGGCAGUGGAAUCUCUGAGGCCAAGGAGAGAAUUCAGGAGCUGGACAUUUCAGAGAACCGGGACAAUGUGGAAGAGAAUCAAAUGGAGUCAUCAUCAUUCACGAUCAAGAAACCAUCAUUUGUGGCCAAGAAGGAAGUGGAGGAUGCCAAUAAAAUAAAUGCCCUCUCUAGCAAGUACAGCACUGUGGGGAACCUCAAGAGCCGCUGGCAAAACUGGGCAUCAGAACACAGCACCAGCCAAAAACUGAACCCCUUUAGUGAUGAUUUCGACUACGAGUUCUCCAUGUCCUUGCGUCUGCGGAAGGGAGAGGAGGGCUACGGCAGGCCCAAGGAGGGGAGCAAGACAGCAGAGAGAGCCAAACGGGCUGAGGCGCACAUCCAUCGGGAGAUUGACCACAUGUGCUUUAUCAUCAGUACCAUGGCUGACCCUGACCCGGAUGGCUACAUUCGGGUCACCUUUGGUGAGCUGUUUGAAAGAUAUGUCAGGAUUUCAGACAAGGUAGUGGGCAUCCUGAUGAGGGCCAGGAAGCACAGCAAAGUGGACUUUGAGGGGGAGAUGCUGUGGCAGGGUCGCGAUGACAGAGUUAUCAUUACGCUGCUUGUGUGACACAAAC